CGUGACCGCUCCCUCCAGGGCGGGCCUCGCCGUCCCUGAAAAGGAAGCGGAGCCCAAGCGAGCAGCUUCCAGGGCGACGGCGACGGCGGCGGCGACGAGAGCAGGCAGGCAGGGACCAUCUGCAGGGCUGACUGGUUGCUAGAGAAUUGCUGAAAGUUUAUUGCCAUGGCAGGAAACAGAGGAACCAUCAAGGGGGCGUCCAACUUCAACGCUGAGGCAGAUGCCCAGGCUCUGCGCAAAGCUAUGAAAGGCUUGGGUACUGACGAAGAUGCCAUCAUUGAGAUUUUGGUCAACAGGAACUUGUCCCAACGGCAAGAGAUUAAGAUUGCCUACAAAUCCACUAUUGGUCGGGAUUUGAUUGAUGACCUGAAGUCUGAGCUGAGUAAGAAUUUUGAGAAAGUUAUUAUUGGAAUGAUGACCCCGAUCACCCUGUAUGAUGUGGAGGAGCUGAGAAGAGCAAUGAAGGGGGCUGGGACGGAUGAGGGCUGCCUGAUAGAAAUCUUGGCCUCUCGUACCAACGAGGAAAUGCGGAGGAUUAAUGACACCUACCGCCGUCAGUAUGGAACCACCCCCGAGAAGGACAUUGUUUCAGAUACCUCCUCCAAGUUCCAGAGGGUCCUGGUGUCCCUCUCAACUGGCAACAGAGAUGAGAGUUCCCAUGUUGACCAGGGGCUGGCCAAAGAGGAUGCCAAGUGCCUGUAUGAAGCCGGGGAGAACAAAUGGGGCACCAGUGAGGGCCAGUUCAUUGCUAUCUUGUGCUCCAGAAGCAGGAACCAUCUUUUAAGGGUAUUUGAUGAAUACAAGAACAUCGCUAACAAAGAUAUUACGGAGAGUAUUAAAUCCGAGAUGUCUGGAGACCUUGAAGACGCCUUGCUGGCAAUAGUGAAAUGCAUGAGAAAUAAACCUGCCUACUUUGCUGAACGGCUGUACAAAUCGAUGAAGGGCGUGGGGACCGAUGACGACACUCUGAUCCGCCUGAUGGUCUCUCGCUGUGAGAUCGAUAUGAUUGAUAUUAAGGCAGAGUUCAAGCGCAUGUAUGGCAAAUCCCUCUACUCUUUCAUUAAGGGAGACACCUCUGGGGACUACAGGAAAGUUCUGCUCCUUCUGUGCGGCGGAGACAACUAAGAGCUUCAAGAUUUCUUCCCCACAUUGAAGCCAUGUGGCUGGCUGUCCCCAUAGGACAGAGGUGGGAAACUCUCACCCUGUUAUGACUUGGGGACUUUGAGUCAGGAAUUCUGGGAGUUGAAGUCCCCAAGUCAUACAAGGGCCAUACUUCUCCACCCCUGCCAUGACAAGUAGUCGAACCUUUUGCAGAAUUUUUUUUUUUAAAUGCCAACCAUAUCAUGCUAACGUUGAUUGUACCUCUGCUCUUCUCUAUUUCUCCAUUUAAAAAA